AUGCCUUCAAGACCAUUCCCUCCUGCAAGUCCCAGUCUUUUCACCAAAACUAAAGUUCUCUUCCUAGCACUCACCAUUUCAGCUUCUGUUGUGAUUUUCUGCUCAAUCCUUUACUUCCUCUACCAUCUCUGGCAUUCUCUUGUUCACAGAGCUAAGACUAUCCCCUUUGAUGCAAGUGCUCCCUUGAAGCUCCAAAGAUUUUCGUACAAAGAUUUAAAGCAAGCCACCAGUGGCUUUGACACUGCCAAUGUCAUUGGUAAAGGUGGCUCUGGCACUGUCUUCAGGGGAAUACUCAAAGAUGGUAAAUUGAUUGCCAUCAAGCGCUUGGACGCGUUGUCUUUGCAGGCAGAGCGAGAGUUUCAAAAUGAGCUUCAGAUUCUGGGAGGGUUAAGGUCACCAUUCCUGGUCACCCUUUUGGGUUACUGUGUGGAAAAGAACAAAAGAUUGUUGGUGUAUGAGUAUAUGCCCAACAGAAGCUUACAGGAGUCCCUCUUUGGAGAAGGGUGUUUGAGUUUGAGUUGGGAGAUGAGGUUUUGGGUUAUAUUGGAUGUUGCUAGAGCAUUGGAGUUCUUGCACCUUGGAUGUGAUCCACCAGUGAUCCAUGGUGAUAUCAAGCCAAGCAAUGUUCUGCUUGAUGCAGAGUGCCGUGGGAAGAUCUCAGAUUUUGGAUUGUCAAGGAUUAAGGUGGAGGGUGAAUUUGGUGUAGACUUGUUUAGCCAGGAUCUUGGCAAGAGCCAGGAGCUAUGGAAAAGCCAAGAUCUUUCAGGUAAUUUAACUGCUGAAACCCCGGCUAUUGGUACUCCAGUUGAGAGUGUUAAUGAGGUAGAUUUUGCUCUAGCUUUGCAAGCCUCUUCUUCAUCCAAAAAUAGUAGGACAUGCUUUAAUGUUAAAUCUUUAAACUUGAAUUCUUUGAAUUAUAAUGCCAAUAUUGUCAGUGAAAGUGAAAGUAGGAGUACAAAUGCAAAGGGUAAGGAAAUUUCAACUUUGGAUAUAGGAGGGGAUGAUUGGAAUACUAAAUUUGUUCCUUAUGAUGAUGAGUUUUCUAGCAUUGAUUAUAGUAAGGAGUUGACUGCCAAUGCUUCUUCUUUGGUGGAUGAUGAGAAGGCAAAUGGGAAACAAUGGGGAAAGGACUGGUGGUGGAGACAGGAUGGAAGUGGUGAAUUAUGUAGUAAAGACUAUGUCAUGGAGUGGAUAGGGAGUCAGAUUUGUCCAUCAAACCCUGAUUGGGAUGAUGGUAAGAACAAUAUCCAAGAGAAAGUAGAAAUGGAAAAUUCAAGUCCAAUAGAUAAAGACAAUGAUGCAAUUGCACCCCAAUCCCAGGUGUUCCGGAUAGGACAAACAGAUAACGUGGUUGAGGAAAAAGAAUCAAGGGGAAAGAAAAAUCACAAGAAUAAGCACAGGAAGAUGCAAGAGUGGUGGAAAGAAGAGCAUCUUGCAGAAUUAAGCAAGAAGACCACUAAGCUGAAAAAUCUUCAUGCUAAGUGGAAGAAAGGCUUGAAAGUGCCCCAUUUUGAUUUGGGUAGAAGGUUUUAUCUUUGCAGACGUAAGAAGUUUGGAGAGGAGGAUCAGAAUGAGUGCGAUCAAAAUGGGGAGUUUAGCUUCAGAAGAGGCUGGAAGAAGAAAAGUACUCGUUCCAUUGGAAGUGACAUGUGGAGUGGAGAUCUUUUCAGCCGCGAGCUUAGCAGCACAACUAGCAUGAGAGGGACACUGUGUUAUGUGGCACCAGAAUAUGGAGGGUGUGGGUUCUUAAUGGAGAAGGCUGACAUUUAUAGUUUUGGUGUUUUGAUUCUUGUAAUUGUGUCAGGUAGAAGACCAUUACAUGUUCUUGCAUCUCCCAUGAAGCUAGAGAAAGCUAACUUAAUAAGCUGGUGUAGACACUUGGCUCAUGCUGGUGACAUUUUAGAACUAGUGGAUGAGAGAAUGAAAGAAGAUUACAACAAGGACCAAGCAAGCUUGUGUAUCAACUUGGCCCUCAUUUGCUUACAGAAAAUUCCGGAGUUACGGCCAGAUAUUGGGGAUAUUGUCAAGAUUUUGAAGGGUGAGAUGGACCUUCCACCUCUUCCAUUUGAGUUCUCCCCUUCUCCACCUUCCAGAUUAUACAGCAGAUCAAGAAGGAAACCAAAGGGCACUGCAGAAUAA